AUGCAGCGGGCCCGCAGCGCCGCGCCCGCGCGCGCGGGCGAGAGCCCCGCGCCAGGCCGCCGCGGCGAGGCGGCCAGCGCAGCUCCGGCGGAGCACGGGGCGGCCACCGAGCAGCUCGGGGCUCUGAUGGCCCUGCUCGGGCCGCGGUACAAGACAGUCUCGCGCGAGCUGCUGCUGGAGCAGGCGGCCGUGUCCGAGCGCCGCAGCCGCCGGAGACGCGGCACCGCCGCCCCUGAGGCCGAGAGCCUCACCGACGCGGGCGGCCGCCUGUGGGCGCUGGCCGAUACCUCUGCCCCCGCGGCGCAGGAGACCCAGACGAGUCAGCCCACCGCGGACGAGCGGGAGUUCCGCGACUGGGCGCUCGCCUUGCUCCGGGAGGACGCACUGGACGCCGACGCGCGGCGGCACGCCGACGCGGAGGGCGCCUGCGCGUCGGCGUGCCGAGUCGCGGCGGCCGUGGCGCCCGCGGCGGUGCGCGGCGGCACGGCCGCGGCCCGGGCACCGCCGCGCCUGCAGGCGGCCGACGGCGCCGUGAGUGCCGUGGACGUGGGCAGGCCCGCGCGGCACGCGGUGGCCGCCGCCCCGGCAGCCGCGGAGGCGCAGGGGUCGGCCACCGCCGCGGCGGGCCCCCCGCGGGUAGCUAGGAACGCUUCGCUCGUCCAGAAGACGUGGACGCAGCGCAGGAACAGCGAAUGCAGAAACGCGAUGAUCAAGCAGCAGUUGUUGACCCAAGACCUCAUCAAAAUCCAGGCGCGCGCGCAGGCCCUGUCCGAGGGGCUCGAGACGAUGAGCUCGGCGCUGAUCGGGCCCGCCGUUAAGCGGCAGCCCGUGGUGCUCCCGUUGUCUGCCCUCGGGAAAAGGCCGCCCUUGCCGAUGGCCUCGGGCGGCUUCCAGAAGCUCUUCGCACGGCUUUCGGAUCGCCUCGCAGUUGCUCCGAUUCUGGCGCGGGACGCGCCGCGGCCGCCGUCUCCGCGGGCCUGCUCCCGCUGGGCGCCUGGCCCUUUUGCGGGUGCCCCGUUCGCGCGGCGGGGCGCUCCGCUCAAGCAGCCGCCCCCGCCCUCGUUCCGCCUCCGCGGUGCCCCCUUUGCUCGCUCGCAUCCCGACCUGUGGGCCCUCCAGCGCCGCAGCGCCGCGCGCCCGCCGGCGCCGCGGCAGCGCACGGGGCUGUGCUGCAAGGGGGGCCACGUCCACCCCCGAGGGCGGCACGUGCCCGCCACCGUGCCGCGGGGUGCCGAGCGGAGCGUGCCGGGGCCCUUUGUCGCCCCGGGGCCCGUGCUCGGUGCUCCCGCGUGCUCCCGCUCUGCCGCUCCAGGGCGGGCUACCAUUAUGAGGCUUCGCCUGUCCACCCCGUGGGCCUCCUUCUAG